AUGAACUCCGUCAGAGCCACCAACCGGAGACCCAGGCGAGUCUCAAGGCCGCGCCCGGUGCAGCCCGACCGGAACGAGGGGGACGGAGGUGAGAGGGGCCACCAGCCAGAGCACUGUAGGGCUGUAGUCGUGUCAGAGGGGCCAGGUUCCACUGUGACCCGAGCCUCAGCUGCCUGGCGCGAGGGUGUUAUUUAGGCAAAGCCGAGGCUUUUAGCUCAGUGGCACAGGCCGCGCUUUGUUUGGCUAGAGUGACUGUGGCUACCAGUGGGACUGGGGGGGGUAGCGUUAAUGUUUUGCCUGCUGCGUAGUUAGCUAACGUUGACUAGCUAACUAGCCCAUAUAACUAUGCAGCCAUCCAUGACGUGGACCAUGGUGAACCCACUGACUUUGCCAGAUCGUGAAUGUUCAUGGGCAUGGCAGUAACGUUGCUAGCUAGGUAACGUAACCUAUCAGCCGUUUCUGACUAAAUUAAUCUGCGUUACAUUUUGGACUUACAUUUUUGGGGUGUGCUACCCAUACUCCAGUAACUAGGUAACUACUUUAGCUCGCUAACGACUAGCUAUGAAUGUCUACGUUAGCGAUGAAGGAUCAGCCGCAAUUUAGACAAGUACAUUUUCUUGUUAAGCAGUCAACCAGCUAGUUAACUGCAUGGCUCACAUUCAUGAGCCAUUUCAUUUAGCAAGAUAGCUACCUAACUAUUUAACUAGUUAAGCUAACCUGUUAUGUCUGACUGAGCGCUAACGUUGGCUAGCUAACGUUAGCUGUGUGUUUGUUUACAUGGCGGAUUUACUAGCUACCUACGUAGUUGAGUUUUGACUCAAAGGUGCAGGUCUGGUCGCCCCGGCCAGCCUGCGGCCCGGUUACCUGCAGGUCAACUGUUCAGGGCUUAUUCGGGCUGUGGCUUUGUUAUCGCAGUGUGACCGGACAGAGGCCGGUGGCCAGCUAGGGAAGGCCAUUAUGGGGCUCCGUCGGGCCCUAUUCUGGUAGUCAAACCGCAGGGACCCAUCUGCAGUUAUCAAUCACCAACCAUAAUCUGUCACCCACACAGCCCUGUAAUACAAUAGCCUGCCCCUGUCAAAUAUUAUACACAGUCAAUCAAACACAUACAUGACACCACCCAGUCUGUGAAUGGCCUAAAAGCGUUUUAAAAAAAGGCCGAAUAGAAUGACACUGAUCAGCUGUCAUUACUAAUACCUUCGUUUUUUAAUCAGCCCUGUACUCCCUUGCCAACUGCAGUACAGUAGAGAUUAGACUGUGUGGGUGGAUGGUGUGGUUUAAAUGGCAUCUGACUACCGGUGUGUUUGUUGAACUGUGCUGAUGGAGAAUAUGUGUGUGUGUUUGUGUUGUUUACACAGGCAGCACAAUUCUGAUCUUUUUAAACUAAUUGGUGUUUCGACCAAUCAGAUCAGCUAUGGAAAAGAUCUGACAUGAUUGGUCAAAAGACCAAUUAGUGGGAAAAAAUAUCAGCAUUAGGCUGCCUGUGUAAACGCAGCCUAUAUGUGUCAGACUGUGUUCUGACUGUGUCCUCUGUGUGUCCAGCAGAUGAGGAGGCUCCAGCUGCAGCAGCGGAGGUGGCUGUGGAGGAGUCUGGGCCUGCAGCUGGGAACAACCCCUACCAGCUCCGACGCAAGUCUCUAAUGCCCAAGAGAACAGCCUCCAGUACGGCAGCCUCCUGCCCCAGCAAGACCGCUAUGGAGGUCAGACAGAGAGAGAGCACCAUUCUGUGCUUGUUCACUUCCCUUAAUUGGUUUAAAAGGAAAGGACUGGUUUGUGGUCCUGCAUGGCUCAGUUGGUAGAGCAUGGUGCUUGCACCACCAGUGUUGUGGGUUUAAUUCCCGGGGCCACCCAUACGUAAAAUGUAUACAAGCAUUACUGUAAGUCGCUUUGGAUAAAAGUGUCUGCUAAAUGGCAUAUAUUAUUUUAUUCUGAUAUAUUAUUUAUGGAACAUAGUGUAAACUCCCACUAGCACCAGUGUACAUUUCGGGAGAAAGGUAGAGGACAGUGUAGGUGUAAGAAAGUGAGUGUGAGAGAGACAGAAUGUGUGUGUACGUUAGUGUCUCAGUCAUUGGGGGAGGUAGCUGUGUGUGUGUGUGUGUGUGUGUGUGUUGCUGAUGUGUGUUGCUGAUGUGUGUUGUUCUGACACAGGGAGCAUCCACCUCGACAACAGAACCCUUCGGUCAUCGAGCCAAACGAGCCAGGGUCUCUGGCAAGAGCCACGACCUGCCAGGUAAGAAUGUGUGUCUAGGUGUACAAGUCAAUGAUGUGAUGUGCCUGUAUGGCUUUUUCUACAUUUGUAUGUAUUAUCUAUUAAUACUAAUGGAAACUCUGCCUGUGUGUGUGUGUGUGCAUGCAGCGGCCCCAGCAGAGCAGUACCUGCAGCAGAAGCUUCCAGAUGAGGUGGUUCUGAAGAUUUUCUCAUAUCUCCUGGAGCAAGACCUCUGUCAGACUGCCUGCGUCUGCAAACGCUUCAGCGAGCUAGCCAACGACCCUAUACUCUGGUACACAAUCUUCAGUGGACUGUGACCCUAUACUGAAGGAAAACAAACACACAUAACCUAUAUUUUCUUGCCCCUUAUAGUUAGCGUAAUAGUUAACUGAUAUGUCACCCAUAAAAUCAGUCAGUAUCGACCAUUAUUGGUCCAUACUGAUAUGAAGGCUGUUACUUUCUGCAUCCCUCUAUGCCUGGCGUUGACCUUUGCCUUUUCUGUGUGUGUCCAGGAAGCGUCUGUACAUGGAGGUGUUUGAGUACACACGUCCCAUGAUGCACCCUGAGCCAGGCAAGUUCUACCAGGUCAGCCCCGAGGAACACGACCACCCCAACCCCUGGAAGGACAGCUUCCAACAACUGGUGGGUAGGCAGUGUGUAUCAGUGUUUUCCAUUAGCGCCAGAAGUCGGCUAAUUAGCUGGUUACAGAAUCAUUUUCAGCCUGCUACUUUUUUCACUUCAUAUUAACUAGGUUACUUUUCAUUUAAAGUUUCGAUUUGCUAGUCCGUCGAGCACUUGUCCGCUAGAAUGAACAAUAUGCAUCUUCUAGCGAUCUAGGAUAGGCACUUGUCAGUCACAAAGUGAGCGAUGACCCAUACCUCAGUGGCGAUGACAGGGACACGCAGUCUGCUGUCUGUCCCACCUCCCGGUACAAUUUGUGUGUGCUGUGUUUGGUUGCAGUCGAAUUUCUAUACACGGGGGAGGGAGAGAAUUUGCUCGUCUCAUGUAAUGUAAGUGGUAACGAUGAAUCGAAAUCCACGACUUAGUCUAAUUAUUGUUUUCUGGCACAUUCAUUUAUUUUCUUUUGUAUGUUUCAUAUAGCCAGCCACACGCAGUCGUGGUCGGAUAGUGAGCUAUUUACUGUGCUUUGAUUGACAAUUGAACAGCAAGUUUUGACUAGUUUAUAAAAGGUGUCGGACUGAUUGAAUAAAGUAGAUCUCCUAUAUCCCUUUGCCAUUCAUAAAUCAUGCAACGUGGUUAUAGGUCCAUGGUAUCGCAUCGGGACAAGUAAACCAAAGGAUUUCCUAGGUUUACUUUCCUGUGAUGACGGGGCUUGUCAGACAGUGAUGCUAAAGUGAGUGACUCUUGUCAGUCCGUGUAACCUACUGAAUCGCAAUCGGUGAGAGAGACGUUCAUUUGUCUCCCUAAUUUGCAUAGAUUACUGGUAGGCCUGGGCUUUUUGGCGAUUAUCUGGAGAUAAAUUAUGAAAACAGAGGAAGAUGGUAAAUCAUCACUGCAUGAACAUCCUCAUUCUGGUCCAAAUAUGAUCAUUAGGGUCCUCACGGUGUUGACCUUAGGAGGGAAUCAACAAAAUGUAUUGAAAAUGAAUUAAUUUGCCCAAGUUUAUCAUAAGACAUGAACAGAAUGCAUCAGUUAUUCGUAUUUCCUGCAGCUUUCUGAAUGGGCAACGAGAAUGCUCCUGUGUGUGUAGCUGUUAACGAUGAUGCUAAUGAAAACCGUCUUCUAGUAGAUGGAAAGGCUUUCCUAAAAACCUUCUCAUGGCUUGAUAUUAAGGCUUGUCUGAGGCAAGUAAAAAAAAAAAAAAUGUCGGACAACCAGAAUAUAGAUUUAAGUUGUUCAUUCAAGUAAAAAAAAAAACUUACACAAAUCACUAUCAAACAAUUACCGAAUGUAGGAUGAUCUGGGCCGGUGUCUUAUUGUUAUAGAAGCCCAAAUGUUCUAUUUUCUCUCCAUUUGAUAUGAUUGUGACUUGGCCUAUUAAGCCACUCUUUCAGUUUAAUGCGUGCUAGAUUUCUCCUGCUGUGCUAUUUCAUGAACAAACAAUGAAUGAAUCUAACGGAGUGGCUAAAAAAGUUAAUGUCAAGCCCUGCUUCUCAAUUAAAUGUUAACUACAUGUAGCCUAUGUUUACCUGGCAGAAUGAUAUCAUGAUUAUUUUCAUCAAUCCAUUGGGUAUUUGUUUUGCAAACUCUACCAUCAUAUGUGCGGUACAAAAACACGGCUAACAGCCUAUCGCUAGGCACUCACUUGAAUUAAAGGGUGACUACACCCCAAAAUUAAAAUAUCUUAGACUUUUCUCAGUCCUCAAAAGUGGUCUCCUGAUGUGGUUUAAGCAUUGUUGUGGACUUAGAACAUCCAAUUUUGUUGUUUUUCUAUAAAUUAUUAAAAAUGUGAUUUUUGAAUGCGGAAACCUGAAAGAAAUGGGGGGAAAUGGAAAAACAAAACCUUUAAUACAUUUUUCAAAAUAAUGUGGGCUGUAUACUGUACUUCAUUUUUUUGUUGUUGAAUAAAAUACAUAAUUUGAAGAACAAACAUUGUGGCAAUUCAUAUCUUGCCGUCAAACUGUAAAUAUGACUAAUCUCAAGAGAAGACAGGUUAAAUGUUAACAUUUAAAAAAGGUUGAAUGUUCUCUUUCUUAGAAAAUAGUCCUGCUCAUAUAGGCCUAGACCUAGACGAUAUCCAAAACAACUAAAAAUACACUGAAUUCAUACUUUUUAAGUAAUUUCAAUUGUAAAGUCAUGUCUUUCUACACAAUACCACAAUACAUUUUUCCAAUCUGGGAGGUAAAUUCGGUAAAGUAUUCACAAUUUCGCUGUAUUUUAGAUGGAAUCAAGGCAUUAGAUUGUACCCGAGGGCACCAGAAUAGAGCUGCUUCUGCAAAAAAAAAAUCUCAAUGGCCUGGAGGCACCUGGCUGGCAACUUGUUCUGUUUGGCUGGCUACUCUAUGUACUACACUGGUGUGGGUGGUUAGACAAACAUUGUGUUAAUGUUAUUUUAACAUUUGUUGUAAAAUUGUCUUGCAGUAUAAAGGAGCCCAUGUGAAGCCAGGCUUUGCUGAACAUUUCUACAGCAACCCUGGGAGGUUCAAAGGCAGGGAGAAUAUGCUGGUAAGACACACACACACACAUACACUGACACACACACAUACACUACCGUUCAAAAGUUUGGGGUCACUUAGAAAUGUCCUUGUUUUCAAAAGAAAAGCAAAUUUUUUGUCCAUUAAAAUAACAUCAAAUUGAUCAGAAAUACAGUGUAGACAUUGUUAAUGUUAAAUGGCUAUUGUAGCUGGAAACGGCUGAUGUUUAAUGGAAUAUCUACAUAGGCGUACAGAGGCCCAUUAUCAGCAGCCAUCAGUCCUGUGUUCCAAUGGCACGUUGUGUUUGCUAAUCCAAGUUUAUCAUUUUAAAAGGCUAAUUGAUCAUUAGAAAACCCUUUGCAAUUAUGUUAGCACAACUAAAAACUGUUGUGCUGAUUUAAAAAGCAAUAAAACUGGCCUUCUUAGACUAGUUGAGUAUCUGGAGCAUCAGCAAUUGUGGGGUUCGAUUACAGGAUCAAAAUGGCCAGAAACAAAUAACUUACUUCUGAAACUCAUCAGUCUAUUCUUGUUCUGAGAAAUGAAGGCUAUUCCAUGGAGAAAUUGCCAAGAAACUGAAGAUCUUAUACAACACUGUGUACUACUCCCUUCACAGAACAGUGCAAACUGUCUCUAACCAGAAUAGAAAGAGGAGUGGGAGGCCCCGGUGCACAACUGAGCAAGGACAAAUACAUUAGUGUCUAGUUUGAGAAACAGGCGCCUCACAGGUCCUCAACUGGCAGCUUCAUUAAAUAGUACCCGCAUAACACCGGUCUCAACGUCAACAGUGAAGAGGCGACUCCGAGAUGCUGACCUUCUAGGCAGAGUUGCAAAGAAAAAAACAUAUCUCAGACUGGCCAAUCAAAAUAAAAGAUUAAGAUGGGCAGUCUGAGAUAUGGCUUUAACAUAAUUUCAAAAGGGUUUUCUAAAGAUCAAUUUGCCUUUUAAAAUGAUAAACUUGGAUUAGCAAACACAACGUGCCAUUGGAACACAGGACUGAUGGUUGCUGAUAAUGGGCCUCUGUAUGCCUAUGUAGAUAUUCCAUUAAAAAUAAGUAGUUUCCUGCUACAAUAGCCAUUUACAACAUUAACAAUGUCUACGCUGUAUUUCUGAUUUACAUUUACGUCAUUUAGCAGACACUCUUAUCCAGAGCGACUUACAAAUUGGUGCAUUCACCUUAUGAUAGCCAGUGGGACAACCACUUUACAAUGAUUUUUUUAAAAUAUCUUUCUAAUUUUAAAUUUUUAGAGUAUUUUUGUACAUUUUCAUUUGUUUUAUAUAUAUAUAUACAGUGGGGAAAAAAAGUAUUUAGUCAGCCACCAAUUGUGCAAGUUCUCCCACUUAAAAAGAUGAGAGAGGCCUGUAAUUUUCAUCAUAGGUACACGUCAACUAUGACAGACAAAUUGAGAAAAGAAAAUCCAGAAAAUCACAUUGUAGGAUUUUUAAUGAAUUUAUUUGCAAAUUAUGGUGGAAAAUAAGUAUUUGGUCACCUACAAACAAGCAAGAUUUCUGGCUCUCACAGACCUGUAACUUCUUCUUUAAGAGGCUCCUCUGUCCUCCACUCGUUACCUGUAUUAAUGGCACCUGUUUGAACUUGUUAUCAGUAUAAAAGACACCUGUCCACAACCUCAAACAGUCACACUCCAAACUCCACUAUGGCCAAGACCAAAGAGCUGUCAAAGGACACCAGAAACAAAAUUGUAGACCUGCACCAGGCUGGGAAGACUGAAUCUGCAAUAGGUAAGCAGCUUGGUUUGAAGAAAUCAACUGUGGGAGCAAUUAUUAGGAAAUGGAAGACAUACAAGACCACUGAUAAUCUUCCUCGAUCUGGGGCUCCACGCAAGAUCUCACCCCGUGGGGUCAAAAUGAUCACAAGAACGGUGAGCAAAAAUUCCAGAACCACACGGUGGGACCUAGUGAAUGACCUGCAGAGAGCUGGGACCAAAGUAACAAAGCCUACCAUCAGUAACACACUACGCCGCCAGGGACUCAAAUCGUGCAGUGCCAGACGUGUCCCCCUGCUUAAGCCAGUACAUGUCCAGGCCCGUCUGAAGUUUGCUAGAGUGCAUUUGGAUGAUCCAGAAGAGGAUUGGGAGAAUGUCAUAUGGUCAGAUGAAACCAAAAUAUAACUUUUUGGUAAAAACUAAACUCGUCGUGUUUGGAGGACAAAGAAUGCUGAGUUGCAUCCAAAGAACACCAUACCUACUGUGAAGGAUUACUUUUAUACUAUCCCAGGUAGGGUUUCAAGUGUCUCCGGAAGGUGGUCAGUGACUCCGCUGUCCUGGCAUCGUGAGGGAGCUUGUUCCACCAUUGGGGUGCCAGAGCAGCGAACAGUUUUGACUGGUCUGAGCGGGAACUGUGCUUCCGCAGAGGUAGGGGGACCAGCAGGCCAGAGGUGGAAGAACGCAAUACCCUCGUUUGGGUGUAGGGACUGAUCAGAGCCUGAAGGUAAGGAGGUGCCGUUCCCCUCACAGCUCCGUAGGCAAGCACCAUGGUCUUGUAGCAGAUGCGAGCUUCAACUGGAAGCCAGUGGAGUUUGCGGAGGAGCGGGGUAACGUGAGAGAACUUGGGAAGGCUGAAUGAGUUGUAGGGGUUAAAUGGCACAGGCAGGGAGCCCAGCCAACAGCGAGUUGCAGUAAUCCAGACGGUAGAUGACAAGUGCCUGGAUUAGGACCUGUGCCGCUUCUUGUGUAAGAUAGGGUCGUACUCUGCGAAUGUUGUAGAGCAUGAACCUACAGGAUCGGGUCACCGCUUUGACGUUAGCGGAGAACGACAGGGUGUUGUCCAGGGUCACGCCAAGGUUCUUUGCACUCUGGGAGGAGGACACAGCAGAGUUGUCAACCGUGAUGGCGAGAUCAUGGAGCGGGCAGUCCUUCCCCGGGAGGAAGAGCAGCUCCGUCUUGCCGAGGUUCAGCUUGAGGUGGUGAUCCGACAUCCACACUGAUAUGUCUGCCAGACAUGCAGAGAUGCGAUUCGCCACCUGGUUAUCAGAAGGGGGAAAGGAGAAGAUUAAUUGUGUGUCGUCUGCGUAGCAAUGAUAGGAGAGACCAUGUGAGGAUAAGACAGAGCCAAGUGACUUGGUGUAUUGAGAGAAUAGGAAAGGGCCUAGAACUGAGCCCUGGGGGACACCAGUAGUGAGAGCAUGUGGUGCGGAGACAGAUUCUCGCCACGCCACCUGGUAGGAUCAACCAAUUUGAUGUUAUUUUAAUGGACAAAAAAUUUGCUUUUCUUUCUAAAACAAGGACAUUUCUAAGUGACCCCAAACUUUUGAACGGUAGUGUACUUAUACUCAUGGUCCAUUGAAAACACAUUUUCAAUACGGCUGCAAACCAGCUCCGUUUUAGCUUGAUUUGACAUAAACAUGUUUCUGUGUCUCCAGUACUAUGACACCAUAGAAGAUGCAUUAGGAGGGGUGCAAGAGGCUCAUUUUGACGGGCUGAUCUUCGUCCAUUCUGGGAUUUACACUGACGAGUGGAUCUACAUAGAGUCCCCCAUCACCAUGAUUGGAGCAGGUACUGUGUGUGGUCUGCCUGUCUAUCUGUCGGUCUUGCUCUUUCUACCUCUGUCUGUAUUAUCUAAUGGUAGAACCUGACUUUAUUUGUGUAUGUAGCUCCUGGUAAGGUGUCUGAUAAGGUGGUGAUUGAGAACACCAGAGACUCAACGUUUGUCUUCAUGGAGGGAUCGGAGGACGCCUACGUGGGAUACAUGACCAUCAGGGUACACUGAUAACACAGAUCCAAUUCUCACACACACACUCCCCACAUCUCCCCUCUAACCUGUUGUUUCAUCUUCAGUUUAACCCAGAUGAUAAGGCAGCUCAGCACCACAACGCCCACCACUGUCUGGAGAUCACUGUCAACUGUUCUCCCAACAUAGACCACUGUAUCAUCAGAUCUACCUGCACAGGUAACGUGCACACAGUCCGCAGUAGGGCUUGUUUGUUUCGCCUGUGGAACAUGUUAGAUAAUGUAGUUUGUCUCCAGUGGGGCAUGUUGGGUAAUGUAGUUUGUUUCCGGUGGGGCAUGUUGGGUCAAGUAGUUUGUCUCCAGUGGGGCAUGUUGGGUCAUGUAGUUUGUCUCCAGUGGGGCAUGUUGGGUCAUGUAGUUUGUCUCUACUCCAGUGGGCUCGGCUGUGUGUGUGAGCGGCCAGGGGGCGUGUCCUACCAUCAAACACUGCAACAUCAGCGACUGUGAGAAUGUUGGACUUUACAUCACCGACCAUGCACAGGUAAACACACACUUACAUCACCAACCAUAUACACACCACUAACCACUCUUAAACACCCUCUCUGACUGUAUAUUCCUGCAUGGUAUCUAUGAGGAUAAUGGUGUAAUGAUGUAUUGCAGGGUAUCUAUGAGGAUAAGUAAGGGAUAAACGCCCACGUUCUGUUCAUUACCUUGGAAAUAAUGGACCACGCAGUGGGACGAGGCAGAGUCGAGUCCGUUUGCGUAGUUCAGUUUUCCAAGGUAAUGUGCGGAUCAGAGGCAUUUAUCCCGCAUAUACCACAGUUGCCAAAGAAAACAAUAUUAAAGCACACGUUUACCGGUAGAAAUGAAAUAUAUUCGUUGAUAUUAUAAGUGAAUUCAUACUUUCUCAUCUUUUCGUUGCGACCCAGUCUUUCAUUCGAUAUUUAUGGACGCUACCCAGUCGUUCAUUCUUUAUGUUCCUUUGCCAUGCUCGCUGGCAACGUUCUUAUCACUUGCUUGCUAGCUAGCCAACUAGCUACGGCUAACACAGUCAUGGCCUCUGCAGCCAGAAUAACAGCAAAGUAUUUGAAUUUGUUUCAACUGUUUUCUAUUGACAUUCAUUUGGAUACAUCCAUAACAAUGAGCUGAUGAUGCCAGUUUUUGCCUGGCAUAGUGCCUUCUCGUCAGGACACUCAUCGACUGUUCAUUACAAGGAGAUCACAUAUCAAACACUACGCUAGAAGCUAGCUAAAUAGUUUGUUGCUAGCAAACCUGCCAAUAUGACAACUGAAUAAAAAAGUAUCAGAUGCUGAAAACAGCUGGUCAAACUAGAAAUAUGUAGGAGGAUUUGACAGCAUAGCGCCACUUGCAUCAUGACUGCAACAUUAGGGGCCGGAGAAAUUCAUGUUCAUCACGCACCACGUUAGAUCAUCGGAUGCUCCAAAAAAAAAAGUAUGUCUUUGCAAAAACACAUUGCUAGUUAGCUAAGUUUUUAAUCGUUGGACCUGCAUUUACAAUGUGUCUAAUUCCGGUUUGUGUGGUUGUUGGUUUAGCUUUCUGUAACUUUGUAGCAAGUACGGUUUGCAUCUGUAGGCGCAUAUCGCGUCAUGAUUGCAAGGUGUCCCGAUAUAUCAAAUCAAAUGUUAUUUGUCACAUACACAUGUUUAGCAGAUGUUAUUGCGGAUGUAGCGAAAAGUUUGUUUCUUUACAGUUCUAUAUGUUUCUUUACAGUUCUAUAUUUUCCAACUGUCCGGUUUUCUGGUUUUGAUGCCCAUUCUAGAAUGCCAUUCUGGCCAAUCAGAAACGAGUAUUCAACAAUGCUGUGGUAUAAUGAUGUGACAAUGUAUUGCAGGGUAUCUACUAGGAUAACUGUGAUAAUUGCAUGGUAUCUAUGAGGAUAAUGAUGUGAUAAUGUAUUGCAGGGUAUCUAUGAGGAUAAUGAGAUCAGUAAUAAUGCAUUGGCGGGAAUCUGGGUAAAAAACCAUGGCAACCCCAUCAUCAGACGAAACCACAUCCACCACGGCCGAGAUGUAGGAGUCUUCACCUUCGACCACGGCAUGGUAACUCACUCUGACCUUUAACCUAUAACCUCUUACCUCUCACCCACCAUUUUCCAGAUCUUUACAGUUGUGCUAUGCAUGGCAAUGAUGACAAUAUCUCUCUCUCUCCCCCCUCAGGGUUAUUUUGAGAGUUGCAACAUCCACAGGAAUCGUAUAGCAGGCUUUGAGGUGAAGGCGUAUGCUAACCCCACAGUGGUUCGCUGUGAGAUCCACCAUGGCCAGACGGGGGGCAUUUAUGUGCAUGAGAAAGGAAGAGGACAGUUCAUAGAAAACAAGAUCUACGCCAACAACUUCGCUGGAGUUUGGAUCACCUCCAACAGCGACCCUACAAUACGGUACACACACACACACCCUACAAUACUGUUACACAUAGACACGCAUAGUAACCCUACGAUGCAGCACAGACACACACACACAAAACUACUCUAUGAAAUGAUAGACACUAAUCCCUCUCAGUAUUAUGGGCUGUUUGUUGACGUUCUUUCUGUCUCUAGGGGCAAUGCAAUCUUUAACGGUAACCAAGGGGGCGUGUACAUAUUUGGCGAUGGGCGUGGCUUGAUCGAGGGGAACGAUAUCCAUGGCAACGCUCUGGCAGGAAUCCAAAUCCGAACCAACAGCUGCCCGAUUGUACGCCAUAACAAGAUCCACGACGGACAGCACGGCGGCAUCUACGUGGUAAACAAACGCAUACAAAUCCGCAUUUUUUUUUUGUUUGUCAUAUAAGAUGCUUGGAUAUCUAAUCGUGUGUGUGUGUGUUUGUAGCAUGAGAAAGGCCAGGGUGUGAUAGAGGAGAAUGAGGUGUACAGCAACACGCUGGCUGGAGUCUGGGUGACCACCGGCAGCACACCUGUCCUCCGCAGGAACCGCAUCCACAGCGGCAAACAGGUAACACACGGUCCACACUCAUUCUCUCACCGUUAUUGUUGUAAAAAAAAAAAUUGAAAUAAAGUGGGAUUUAUGUAUUUGUGAGAAUUGGAGGCCUGUCUCAUUAUUGUGUCUAGAUAAUACGUUCUUUAAGUCCGAUUUAACCCCGUUUCUCCCCCUCUCAGGUGGGGGUGUAUUUCUAUGACAACGGUCAUGGGGUGUUGGAAGACAACGACAUCUACAAUCACAUGUACUCCGGCGUUCAAAUACGGUAAGUCCUGCCUCCUCACACGCCAGUCAAAUGCAGGACACGUAUUGGUUAUGAUAACAUUUGACUAACGUUAGAUCAAGGUUUUACGAACACUUGGUUGUCUAUAGGACGGGCAGCAACCCCAAGAUCAGACGCAACAAGAUCUGGGGAGGACAAAAUGGAGGCAUCCUGGUCUACAACUCCGGUCUGGGUUUCAUCGAGGACAAUGAGAUAUUUGACAACGCCAUGGCGGGCGUGUGGAUUAAGACAGACAGCAACCCCACGCUGCGACGCAACAAGAUCCACGACGGGAGAGAUGGCGGCAUCUGUAUCUUCAACGGAGGGAGAGGUCUCCUGGAGGAGAACGAUAUCUUCAGGAACGCCCAGGCAGGAGUUCUGAUCAGCACCAACAGCCACCCGGUGCUCCGCAAGAACCGGAUCUUUGACGGCUUCGCUGCAGGUCAGCUGCCCAUGUGUACACGUUUACAUGAACUUUACCGUACUGACUGGUCAAUACUGUAACCUACUCCUCAUCCGCUACCUGUGUUGAUGAUGUCAUUUCCUGUCUCAGGUAUCGAGAUAACCAACCACGCCACGGCGACUCUGGAGGGAAACCAGAUCUUCAACAACCGUUUUGGAGGCCUGUUCCUCGCCUCUGGGGUCAACGUCACCAUGAAAGGUAGCUAGUUCUAACAGGCUAGGGUAAGGUAGCGCUAGCAGUCCAGACCAGUGGUAGUCACUAUAUUUCUGAGGGAUCCACUUGUAAAACAACCACACUGGGCGAGCCGCCAUAUGUUACCCAUCGGAGAAAGGGGGUUGGGGGGGGGGGCGCGAAUUCAAAUGAAUUCGUACAUGAUAUCAAAUGGAUUCACACAUGAUAUUUAAGAUACUAAUUAACAUGGACCAACAAGCUAUUUCAUUCUCCAUUGUAGGACACUUGGGGCUAUUAGAAACAAAUGUUACUAAAUUAUUUGAUGAGUCUUUUGAAUCUGGCCUUAUUGCCAUUCUCUCAAAAGUUAUAGCACAAAGAUAUUUGUUAAAUGAGGUAAUGUCAAAUUUCAGUCUGAAGGAAGUAUAUGCUUUAAUCAAUUCAUUUCCCCCAGUCAUUCUGUGCAGAUUCAUCACUCUACGUUCUAACGAGUCCUUCACAGCUUGUGUGCGUCGUAGAUGGAAACAGAAGACACGUAUGUGUUCCUGAGAGUCUUUGCUUUCAGGAAUGGGGUCAUGUUCGCUAAAAGCUUCCAACUGUUCAAAAGCUAUAGUCAAAUUCGCAGGAAUAUUAUUGCUCCGUUUGUCCCAGCCGCUAAUAGUGGAUAUCGAAGGUUACUGGCGUAACCAUGGUUCUAUGUACUAAUUAAGCAGCGCAUUCAGCUGACUUAGGAAAUAACUUGCACAACACAUUCAUUCAGGUUAUUGCAGAGACGCCAAUUAAGUUGCCGUGAGACGCGCAAUGACUAUGGAUGGCUUAGACUGUAUAGAAAUAGGUUAUUGGUCACUGCUUUCUCUGGAUAUUUGAUCUUUUGGGAAUGUCUAUCCAGUGGACAGGCUCUCAUCCUCUGUUCUGCCUCUCUUCCAGAUAAUAAGAUAAUGAAUAACCAGGAUGCCAUAGAGAAAGCUGUGAGCAGAGGACAGUGUCUCUACAAGAUCUCCAGCUACACCUCCUACCCCAUGCACGACUUCUACAGGUACACACACAGACAGACACAACCCCAUGCACGACUUCUACAGGUACACACACAGACAGACACAACCCCAUGCACGACUUCUACAGGUACACACACAACCCCAUGCACGACUUCUACAGGUACACACACAACCCCAUGCACGACUUCUACAGGUACACACAGACACAACCCCAUGCACGACUUCUACAGGUACACACAGACACAAGCCCAUGCACGACUUCUACAGGUACACACAGACACAAGCCCAUGCACGACUUCUACAGGUACACACAGACACAAGCCCAUGCACGACUUCUACAGGUACACACACAGACACAAGCCCAUGCACGACUUUUAGUGACAGUUACACAGCAGUUACUCUAGUGCUGAUGUUUUCUUUGACCCAUGUGUGUCCAGGUGUCACACCUGCAAUACGACAGACCGGAACGCCAUCUGUGUGAACUGCAUCAAGAAGUGUCACCAAGGACACGACGUGGAGUUUAUACGGCAUGAUAGGUGAGUAGCACCAACCAUUUCCGACCGACUAGAUCAGGGAUGGGCAACUCCAGUCCUCGGGGGCCUGAUUGAUGACACACUUUUGCCCCAGCCCCUAUUAUCACACCUGACUCCAAUAAUCAACUAAUCAUGGUCUUCAGUUUAGAAUGCAAUUAGUUUAAUCAGGUGUGUUGGCUACUGGGCUGGAGGAAAAGUGUGACACCAAUCAGGCCCCGGAGGACUGGAGUUGCCCAUGCCUGGACUAGAUGGUCCCUUUUGUGGUGUUUGUUUCAAAAGAAUUGAAGGCCUGUGUCAUCACUAUUUCUCGACCAGAAUAUUCUUUUAUAGAGUACCAGGAUGACCACUUAUAUAUUUUUUCAUGAUGUUUUGGACGUUUCUUUCUCUCACGCUCUCUCCUGUCCUGUAAUCCGUGUUAACCAUCUCUCUCUCUCUCUGUGUAGGUUUUUCUGUGACUGUGGAGCGGGAACUCUGUCCAACCCCUGUACUCUGGCUGGAGAGCCAACACACGACACAGACACACUUUACGACUCAGCCCCGCCCAUAGAGUCCAACACGCUUCAACACAACUGAACACACACACACAUUAUAUGUACACACACUACAUAAACACACACACACACCCUAUAAUCUACAGACAUACACUACAUAACACACAUUCAUAAAGCAUACCACACUCAUAGGGAGCCAGAGAGACUGAAUACGGUGUUCUCAGCAGUGACUGGCAUAGAGGAACCCUGAGAUUCAGAGAGAGACCGAGACAGUGCUGCACUUGGGAGUCUCUUCUAGAGGGAGCGAUGGAGCUGGUCUGAAUUUGACUGGUCUGGUCUGGAUUAGCCUGGUCUACUGUGAGGAGAAACUGACUCGUUCUGAACGGCCAUAUGAGGUUCUCACCAUUGCAUCUCUGGACAGCAAAUGGCCAGGUAGAGGAUGGAGAGGGAGUGUGGAGAGGGUAGGGUGUGGGUACUCUGAUAAUGUCGGAGUGGCCAUUGAGACUUCCUUUGCCCGUGACCCUUCAACUCUGCGACUCUCCACAAUCCUGGGAAUCGGACUUCUUCCCAAAACAGUAAGAGAGGAGAUUUAGCCCCGCCCACUGAGAAAACACUUCCUGUUCAGCGGCAUCUGUUACUAGGCAGUGGAUGGCUGAUAUAUACGUAUGUACUGCUAACGGAAGAGGGGGACUUUGAUCGAGCACCUCAGCUUUUAUAAUAUGUUAUUCUGAUCAACAGAUAUUAUUUUAAUGCUUUCUCAUGUAGUUUUGUAUUUACAAGCAAAAA